GAACCGGGGAGGGGGGGCGGGGGAGCGAUGGUCGCAAGAUGGCGGCGCUAAAGGAGGCUCGGAGCUACGGGCUGUCGUGCGGGCGGGUCAGCGACGGCAGCAAGGUGUCCGUGUUCCACGUGAAGCUCACCGACAGUGCCCUGAGGGCCUUCGAGAGCUACCGCGCCAGCCAGGAGUCUGUUUCACUGAGACCAUCAAUCCGAUUUCAAGGAAGUCAAGGGCACAUCUCCAUCCCCCAGCCUGACUGCCCCACAGAGGCACGGACGUUCUCCUUCUACCUCUCCAACAUUGGCCGUGACAGCCCCCAGGGCAGCUUCGACUGCAUCCAGCAAUAUGUCUCCAGCCACGGGGAUGUUCACCUGGACUGCCUGGGCAGCAUCCAGGACAAAAUCACAGUGUGUGCCACCGACGACUCCUACCAGAAAGCACGGCAGAGCAUGGCACAGGCCGAAGAGGAGACACGGAGCCGUGGGGCCAUUGUCAUCAAGGCUGGAGGCCGCUACCUGGGCAAGAAGGUUCAGUUUCGGAAACCAGCCCCGGGGGCCACGGACGCUGUCCCUUCCCGGAAGCGGGCGACCCCCAUCAACCUGGCCAGUGCCAUCAAGAAGAGCAAUGUUGGUGGCAUUAGCGGGGGCAGUGGGGUGUCUCAGAGGCCUUUCCGCGACCGGGUGCUGCACCUCCUGGCGCUGAGGCCCUACCGGAAGGCCGAGCUGUUGCUGCGGCUGCAGAAGGACGGCCUGGCCCAGGCGGACAAGGAUGCGCUGGAUGGCCUCCUCCAGCAGGUGGCCAACGUGAAUGCCAAGGAUGGUACGUGCACGUUGAAGGACUGUGUAUAUAAGGACGUGCAGAAGGACUGGCCUGGCUACUCGGAAGGGGACCAGCAGCUGUUGAAGCGGCUGCUUGUCCGGAAGCUGUGUCAGCCGCAGAGUGCCGUUGUCCUGCCCGGAGACCCCGCUGCCGCCAGUCCUCCCAGGGAACAUGGAAACUCAGCCUCACCCCCUCAGAAACGAUCACAGCCUCCUGAUUUCACCGACUCCCUGGUCAGCAAGAAAACCAGGAUAUCACAUUUUACCCAGAGAGCUCAGCCUGCCAUCAAUGGGAAGCUGAGUGCACCCCACGGCCGUGAGGCCCUGCUGCCCACUCCAGGCCCACUAGCUGGCUCAGACGCCCACCUGCCCCCACGGUUGGAGCCCCCGAGGGCCCAUGACCCUCUAGCUGACGUCAGCAAUGACCUGGGUCACAGUGGCCGGGACUGUGAGCACGGGGAAGUGGCCGCGCCGGCCCCGACUACGUGCCUCAGCUUGCCCCUGCUGACGGACUGUGCCCAGCCCAGCAGGCCCCAUGGUGGCUCAUCACGCAGCAAAUCCAAGAAGAAGUCCAAGAAGCACAAAGACAAGGAGAGAGCAGCUGAGGAUAGACACCGGGCCCGGUUGCCAGACCACAUGUCCAGCCCCCUAGGAGCCCCACCAGAUGCCCCGGGUUUGAACGGGACCUGCAGCAGCUCAAGUGUCCCCACAUCGACCUCAGAGACGCCCGACUACUUGCUAAAAUACGCUACCAUUUCCUCCUCGGAGCAGCGCCAGAGCUACAAGAACGACUUCAACGCGGAAUACAGCGAGUACCGCGACCUGCACGCACGCAUCGAGCAGAUCACGCGGCGCUUCACGCAGCUGGACGCCCAGCUCCGGCAGCUGUCCCAGGGCUCCGAGGAGUAUGAGACUACUCGGGGCCAGAUUUUGCAGGAAUAUCGAAAAAUCAAAAAGACCAACACCAACUACAGCCAGGAAAAGCACCGCUGCGAGUACCUGCACAGCAAGCUGGCCCACAUCAAGAGGCUCAUUGCGGAGUACGACCAGCGGCAGCUGCAGGCCUGGCCCUAACCUGACGCCAGGGCGCCGGAGGUUCUGCGAGGCCUGCUGGGCCAGCUCCCCUCGCUGGGCUGACCCUUCUGGAGUGCAGGGGAAUGGGGGGGCUGGGCGGGGGUGGGGGAAGCUACAGAGCGGAAAAAGAGAUUUAUUUAAAAAAAUAAACACAAGGAAGACAUGUUCAUCUGAGCCAGCAACGCCGGCUUUCAGGGGAGCCCCCGCAGACUGCUGCCCUCAGCUCCCCGAGGAAGGUGUGGUGGCCAGUGUCUCAUCCCAUGCCCCCAGCCCCCCACAUCUACUGGGGAGCCCCCACCCGGGAUGGGCUCUUCAGGAGGCCCACCUCCUCUCCAGCCUGCAGCCCAAGGGGCUUCAGUGUCCCCUCCUGGAAAGACUCCAAGGCCACCCUGUCUGCCUUUUCUAGUUUUAUACAAAGACAGCCACUUUUAGCUACUACUUAGGAGACUCCUGUCUAUUUUUGUAUGAGAGAGAAAGCAUCUUUUCUAAACCUGUGCCUCCCCUCCUUGGAUACCAGGGUCCAGAUGCCGCCCUGUGUCCUGCCUGCAGUAUUACAGAUGACAUCGGAAAGUUCAGAGCUGUUCCUGAGGGCUGGGGGCCGGGGAGGGUGGGGCGCAGGGGUUGCUGCCAGCUGGGCUGGCCUCCUGGGCUGUCCUACUGGGCUGGUGUCUGGCUGUGCUCCUGCUCUGGGCCCUCCUUCCUGCCCUGGCCUCCCCAGCCCUCACGGCACCCCCAGGCGAGGACAGGGUCUCUGCUGUACCGGGGUGGAGGCCCGCCCAGGGCUAUUUCGAGAACUCCAGCUGGCCCGGAGCAGCUGCGGGAGCUGCGGGAGCAGAGCCGCUCUUGGCCCACCGGGCCUGCCCUGCUAUUUCAGGCUCUCAGCUGUAGGGGGUCACUGGGGCUUUUCUGGGCUACGAGCUCACACUGCAAGAGCGGUGUCAGAUUUUAUUAUGUUCUCAAUUUCCCCCUUUGCUGCUGCUUUUCUUUUCGCGCUGAGACUGUGUGGUCUCCAUGCUGUUGACCUCGCUCUGUCCCUCAGUCCGCUUGUGGGUCUUGGGGUCAUCUUAGCAGAGCCACCGCAGGCUUUGCACUCAGGGAGGAGCUGGGGGUCAGGGGGGUCGGGGGACCCCCCCCGCCCGAGAGCGAGCUCAGAAAAUGUGCCCUGUCCACCCACUCUGGGGGCAUGGGCUCCAUGGACACCAUAAUUGCUGCUUAGUAGCUGUGCCUAGUCCAGUGUCCCCCAGAGUGUCGGGGGACCAGGCGCACGCAUGCACCUAUGUGUGCGCGCGUGUGCACGUGUGUGUGUGUGUGUGUUGGGGGGGGACCCUGCCGGGUUGCAGUGGGGCCUAAGGCAUGUGUUCACAUUCAGGGCCACAGUCCACGGAGCCACCAGGACUGGGGAAGGCAGAGGCAGUGGCUGCAACCUGGAGCCUGGGGCUGGCAAGCUGGGUGGGGGGGGCUGGGGAUGCUG